GGGAAAUUGCUGCUCCGACGUCGCCGGCGGGCAGUCGGCGGUAGGAGGCACCAAUUCUAGCUUAGCAGCUAACGCUUCCAACGAAGCAGUUGAUGCCUUCUUCAUGUCUCGCGGCUACAACGGUCUCUCCUCUGAGAUCGAGGUCCGUGCCAAUUGUUUGCAUCACUGGAUAUGCCUAUUCAAUGCCAUUUAUGUGUUUCUGUGUAUGUGUGUGGUUGUUUGGGUUUUGAAUCUUUUGAUGGCGCAUAGGUAAUUUAAAUUGGAUUGCUGCAACUGGAAAUGUUUCCUUACUUGUUUUUGUACGCAGUCAUGUAGUUUGGAAUUCGCGGAUUUGGAAACAUUGUUGGUGAGAUUGAGUAAUUGAAUGUGAUUAGGUUCUGGUAGUAGCCAAAAUGAAUGAGUAUUACUAUCUAUGGAUUUGGCGCUGAGUUAUGUUCCAGGAUGGGGUGGAUUUUAGGUGCUGUUGGUAGCAUAUGCAUACCUUGAUCCCUAUUGGCCUUGGAGGCACUGGAGAGUGGGUAAUGCUCAAGUAUCAUAGGCCAUGUUUCUGCAGAAGUGCCUGACAUAAGUGAUGCUACAAACUACAAGGUACUUGUGCAGGAACUUGGUGAGGCUGGUCCUUAAUGGAGGUAUUCGUCUGGGGUUGAGUUUUCCGUGGGAACAGUACGUGAUCUACUGGUAUGUUUUAUUAGGUUCACAGCUGACAAAUACCUACGUUGAAAUAUUUGGAAGACAGGAUAGUAUUUAAAUGUGGAUCUGAUCCUCAUUUCCUAAGCCUUUGAAUCAAAAUCGGCAUGAAUAAGCACCUUGAGCUCUGAGUACUAUUGACCCACUACUCUGGAUUUUACUUUCUUAAGCACACAGUCCUCAAGGUUGCUCAUAGCCAUGUGCUACAGUAGGAUAGUGUGUGGUUAACCGCCUAAUCUCAAGCUAUUGGUGCAAAGUUGGACUAUAACAAAUUAACUAGAGACAAUUAACUGCCUCUCCUUAGUUAAUCUAGGACCUGGACCAGCUUCAUGGUUUCUUUCCUUUUCAUAUCAGAGAUUUUGUUUAUUUCCUGUUUUUUGCUGUUGAUGCUCCAUAUGUUGUAACAGACUUGUAUUGCCAUAAUAUGUUUCAUUGAUGAUCCAUCAAUCUUGUGAUCAAGCUCAAAUAUUUUUCAGCUCUCUCUUUCUGCAACAGACUUACGUGAUCGGGAUGUGCUCUCCAAGUUUCUUUGGAUAAUGUUGUACCUCUUUUUCACUGCACCUGUUAUUUUUACAAUUUGGUUACUUAUAGUUGGUGAGUGAUCCUAUGGCGGUUCUGUAUAUCAAAGGAAAUGAUGGUUCGCUACGAGAGCUUGGUCGGACAGAAGUAGUUUUGAAUUCAUUGAGCCCCAAAUGGAUUAAGAAAUUUUCUGUUACCUACCAAUUCGAAAUGGUGCAGAAUUUGGUGUUCCGUGUCUAUGAUGUCGACACUCAAUUUCAUGGCAUGGAUGUGAAGACACUUAAGCUGGAGGAGCAGCAGCUUCUUGGUGAGGCUAUUUGCACGCUAUCUAAGAUCACCACGAAACUGUACAGAACCGUAACCAUAGAUCUAGUACAUGAAGAAGUUUCUACUCGGAAAUGUGGCCAGCUUACAGUUUAUGCUGAAGAAAGUGUCACGUCAAAAACUACAGUAGAGUUGGUAUUGCGAUGUUCAGACUUGGAAUCCAAGGAUUUGUUCUCAAAAAGUGAUCCGUUUCUUGUAAUAUCAAAAGCUACAGAGCAUGGAAUAUUAGUUCCAAUUUGUAAAACCGAAGUCCGGAAAAAUGAUCACGAACCAAAAUGGAACCCAAUUUUCCUGAGUAUUCAGCAAGUAGGAAACAAGGACAGCCCACUACUUAUUGAGUGUUUUAACUUCAACAGCAAUGGAAAGCAUGAUUUAUUGGGAAAACUUCAGAAGUCACUGGCAGAGUUGGAAAGGCUGCACUCUGCUGGCUCUGUAGAAAAUUUGUUUAUCCCAAUGUCAGUUGGGAAAAAUCACCAAUGCAAGGUCUUAAAGAGUCAGUUGAUUGUGGAUAAGUAUUCAGAGACCAUCCAGCACACAUUCCUCGAUUACUUGGCUGGAGGCUAUGAGCUGAAUUUUAUGGUUGCUGUUGAUUUCACUGCUUCAAAUGGUAAUCCGCGCCUACCUGAUUCAUUGCACUAUAUUGAUCCGUCAGGGCGGCCAAACGCAUAUCAGAGAGCAAUAUUAGAAGUUGGGGGAGUUGUGCAGUUCUACGAUUAUGAUAAAAAAAUUCCUGCUUGGGGGUUUGGAGCCCGGCCAAUUGAUGGUCCCGUAUCCCAUUGCUUUAGCUUAAAUGGCAGCAGUACCUAUUGUGAGGUUGAAGGAAUCCAUGGAAUUAUGAUGGCAUAUACAAGCGCUCUUUCUAAUGUCUCAUUAGCAGGACCAACAUUAUUUGGACAUGUAGUUACGCAGGCUGCACAGAUAGCCAGUGGAUCGGUUGCGAGAAAUGAGAGAAAGUAUUUUGUUUUGUUGAUUAUAACAGACGGGGUUAUAACUGACCUCCAGGAAACAAAGGAUGCCUUUGUUAUGGCAUCUGAUCUGCCAUUGUCAAUACUUAUUGUCGGGGUUGGAGGAGCUGACUUUAAAGAAAUGGAGAUAUUGGAUGCAGACAAAGGGGAGAGGCUCGAAAGUUCAUCUGGACGGGUUGCAUCACGUGACAUUGUCCAGUUUGUUCCUUUCCGUGAUGUACAAAGUGGAGAAGACUCUGUCGUUCGAUCACUUCUCGCUGAAUUACCAACACAGUUUUUGACUUAUGUGCGAGCUCGAGGUAUUGGCCCAACUGCAUAAUCCAAUCAACAACUGUAAAUACAAAAUUACCCUGGUUAUAUUGUGAAUAGUUUGCUUCCAGAAUGAUCUGCGCCAAGUUCCUGGUUAGGUUUUUUUCUCACCACGGAAACAUGCCCAACUUUGUCAGGGUUCAUAAAUCUGGAAAUAGAAACCAUUCUUGUUCAUUAUGUAGCAUGAAUCAAUUUUUUUUUUCUGAGAACGCUUCUCACGUGGACAUGGAUUUUGAUACAAUCUAAACCUUUUGCAUCCAUUUGUACCUAGUUUCUUGAUAUCUGAAAUAUUCGACUAAAGGACACCAUUUCUUUUUAACCAUCA